AGGAAGGAAGGAAGGAAAAGCAGGCAGGCGAGCAAGAAGCCCGUUCUCUCCCCCACCUUCCUCGUCCUCCUCCUGUAGCAGAAGCAAAGAGCGGGAAAGCAGGCGACGGCGACGACGGCUGCCGCCACCCCCCCAGCCCCCACCCCGCGAAGGGUGGCCGGAGCAGGUAGCGGCUGAGGCAGAGCGCGCUCGAGAGGGAGAGGAACACAGCAGCCGCAGCAGCAGCACCAGCAGCAGCAGCAGCAGCCCCCUUCCGCCGCCUCCUCCUCCUCCUGCUUUACCAGCAGCGGCGGCGGCAGCCAUGUCGGCGGCGCAGGUGUCGUCCUCGCGGCGGCAGUCGUGCUACCUGUGCGACCUGCCGCGCAUGCCGUGGGCCAUGAUCUGGGACUUCAGCGAGCCCGUGUGCCGGGGCUGCGUCAACUACGAGGGCGCCGACCGCAUCGAGUUCGUCAUCGAGACCGCCCGGCAGCUCAAGCGGGCGCACGGCUGUUUCCAGGACGGCCGCUCGCCCGGGCCGCCGCCGCCCGUGGGCGUCAAAGCCGUGGGGCUCUCGGCCAAGGAAGCGGCGGCCGCGGCGGCGGCAGCGGCGGCGGCGGCCGUGCAGCAGCAGCAGCAGCAGCAGCAGCUCAACCAUGUGGACGCCGCCUCCUCGAAAGCGCCGUCGGGCCUGGAGCGCUACGGGCUGAGCGAGCAGCGCAGCCGCUUCGAGUACCCUCCGCCUCCGGGCAGCCUGAGCGGGAGCCACGCGGGCCGCCUGCCCAACGGCCUGGGCGGCCCCAAUGGCUUCCCCAAAGCCCCCGACGACGGGCCGCCCGAGCUGAACCGCCAGAGCCCCAAUUCGUCGUCGUCGUCGUCGUCGUCGUCGUCCUCCCGGCGAGGCGCGCACGGCGGGCUGGUGAGCGGCCUCCCUCCCGGCGGCGGGGCCCAGCUCAACGUGCCGCCCAACCUGCUGCCGCAGACGCUGCUCAACGGGCCCGCCGCCUCCGGGGUGGCGCUGCCUCCCCCGCGGGGCCCGCCGGCCUCCUCCUCCUCGUCGUCGUCGUCCUCCUCCUCCUCGACGUCGUCCUCGGGCGACCCGUGCGGGAAGCGGCCCGGCUCGGUGUCGAGCAGCGGCGACCAGGAGCGCGAGCUGAAGGAGAAGCAGCGCAACGCCGAGGCGCUGGCGGAGCUGAGCGAGAGCCUCCGCAACCGCGCCGACGACUGGGCCAGCAAGCCCAAGCUGGUGCGCGAGACGCUGCUGACGCUGGCCGGCUGCACGCCCUACGAGGUGCGCUUCAAGAAGGACCACGCGCUGCUGGGCCGCGUCUUCGCCUUCGACGCCGUCUCCAAGCCCGGGCUGGACUACGAGCUGAAGCUCUUCAUCGAGUACCCCAGCGGCUCGGGCACCGUCUUCUCGAGCGCCUCCGGCGUGGCCAAGCAGAUGUACCAGGACUGCAUGAAGGACUUCGGCCGCGGCCUGUCGUCGGGCUUCAAGUACCUCGAGUACGAGAAGAAGCACGGCUCGGGCGACUGGCGCCUGCUGGGCGACCUGCUGCCCGAGUCGGUGCGCUUCUUCAAGGAGAUGGUGGGCGCGGACAUGCUGCCGCAGCCCUACCUCGACGCCUCCUGCCCCAUGCUGCCCACCACCCUGGUCAGCCUGCCCAGAGUGCCCACCUCCUCCGCCGGCGGGGGCGCGGGCGGGCCGGCCUCCAGCCGCGGGCCCGGCGGAGGCGGGGGAGGCGGCGGCGGCGGCGGCCUGCGCAAGAGGAAGGCCUCGCCCGAGCCGUCGGACUCGGCGUCGGAAGGCAGCCUCAAGCUGAGCGACGAGCAGCAGCGGCAGCAGUGGAUGGCCAGCCAGAGCGAGGCGCUCAAGCUCACCAUGUCGGCGGGCGGCUUUGGCGGAGUGCCGCCGCCGCCGCCGCCGCCGCCGCUGGGGCCUCACUCCAACCGGACCACCCCGCCGGAGUCGGCCCCGCAGAACGGCCAGUCGCCCAUGGCGGCGCUCAUGUCGGUGGCCGACACGCUGGGCAACGCUCACUCGCCCAAGGACGGCAGCUCGGUCCACUCGACCACGUCGACGCGGAGGAACAGCAGCAGCCCCGUGUCGCCCGCCUCGGUGCCCGGCCAGCGCCGCCUGGCCUCCCGCAACGGGGACAUGAACCUGCAGGUGGCCCCUCCGCCCCCCAACGCCCACCCCGGCAUGGACCAAGUGCACCCCCAAAACAUUCCAGACUCGCCCAUGGCCAAUAGCGGACCCCUUUGCUGCACCAUUUGCCACGAACGCUUGGAGGACACCCACUUUGUGCAAUGCCCCUCGGUGCCCAGCCACAAGUUCUGCUUCCCUUGUUCCCGGGAGAGCAUCAAGGCUCAGGGGGCCACGGGCGAAGUCUAUUGCCCCAGUGGCGAGAAAUGCCCCCUUGUCGGUUCCAACGUGCCUUGGGCAUUUAUGCAGGGCGAGAUUGCGACCAUUUUAGCUGGGGAUGUGAAAGUGAAAAAGGAGAGAGACCCUUAAAAACGACACCGCGAAUCCCUUCAGGCGCCUGAAGAUGUAGAAUUGUGAAUAUUGGAAGCAAAACACACGGGACACUACUGCAAAAAGUUUAGUCUUAUGUAUAGACCUUAUUUUCGUCGUAUGUUUCUAUAUUUUGAAACAAAGGUAUGUACCCUUCUUCAUUUGAAGGAUAGAGCUGUUCUUUUCGUUUUGUUUUUUGUUUUUGUUAAAACAGAAUAUAAUAUUGUUUGGUUACCACAUAAUACCUGUUUCUCAUUUCUUUGGCAGUGUGUUGGCUAGGUACACAGUUAAAUAGCCCUUAGCGAUUACCUGCUGCUGGUGUGUAUUUUUGUAAAUGUAUGCACU